AUGUUUCACUUUCUCCUUCUUUCGGUCUCGUCUUUCCCUCUCUCGUCAUUCCUUAUUUUGUUGUCUUAUCCCGUUACAUUUUAUUGGUCUUUCUUUCUUUCUUUCCGGUGUUCAUGUCUAUCUGUCUAUUUCAAUGUGUUCAUAUCUAUCUAUCUAUCUAUCUAUCUAUCUAUCUAUCUAUCUCAAUAUGUUCAUAUCUAUCUAUCUAUCUAUCUAUCUAUCUAUCUAUCUAUCUAUCUCAAUAUGUUCAUAUCUAUCUAUCUAUCUAUCUAUCUCAAUAUGUUCAUAUCUAUCUAUCUAUCUAUCUAUCUAUCUCAAUAUGUUCAUGUCUAUCUAUCUAUCUAUCUAUCUCAAUAUGUUCAUAUCUAUCUAUCUAUCUAUCUAUCUAUCUAUCUCAAUAUGUUCAUAUCUAUCUAUCUAUCUAUCUAUCUAUCUAUCUAUCUAUCUCAAUAUGUAUCUAUCUAUCUAUCUAUCUAUCUAUCUAUCUAUCUAUCUAUCUAUCUCAAUAUGUUCAUAUCUAUCUAUCUAUCUAUCUAUCUAUCUCAAUUUGUUCAUAUCUAUCUCUCAAAUCCAACUUUCUCUAUCACCUUUUCUUCCCUCCUCACUCUCUUGUUCGCUUUCUCUCGUUCUUUCUUCUAUUCCCCUUACAAAAUCAUCAUCUUUUCAAUUUCUCCCCUCUGUGUUUCUAUCGUACUCCCUCUCUCCAUCUCUCUCUCUCUCUCUCUCUCUCUCUCUCUCUCUCUCGUUCUUUAUGCAUCUCCUUUUCAAUUUCUUCUCCUUCUCUCUCUUGCCCUUUCUUUCUUACUUUUAUUCUCUCUCUCUUUCAUUUUUUGUUCCACUUCCUUUACAAAUUCAUCUUCGUUUCAAUUUCCCCCUCUCUUUCUUUUAUUCUUUCUCUAUUUCUCUUAUUCUCUCCCCCUUCCUCUCUCAUUCUUUGUUGCAUUUCCUUCACAGAUUCAUCUUCUUUUUAAUUUCUUCUCCGUCUAUAUCUUACUCUUAUUCUCUCUCUCGCUCUCUCUCAUUUUUGUUCCAUAUCUUUUACAAAUUCAUCUUCGUUUGAAUUUCUUCCCCUUCUCUCUCCUACUCUUUCUCUCUUACUCUAAUUCUCUCUCUCUCUCAUUCUUCGUUUCAUUUCCUUUAUUCAAAUUCAUGUUCUUUUCAAUUUCCCCCCUCUCUCUUUUAUUCUGCCUCUCUUACUCUUAUUCUCCCCCUCUCUUAUUCUUUGUUCAAUUUCCUUUACAAAUUCAUUUUCUUUUCAAUUUCUUCCCCCUCUUUUAUUCUUUCUUUCUUACCCUUAUUUUCUCUCUCUUAUUUUAUAUUCCAUUUCCUUUACAAAUUUAUCUUCUUUUCAGUUUCUUUCCUCCCCCUCUCUCUCUUCUUCUUUCUCUCCCUCUUAUUCUUUCUCUCAUACUCUUAUUCUCUCUCUCUCUCUUAUUCUUUCUUCCAUUUCCUUUACAAAUUCAUCUUCUUUUUAAUUUCUUCCACCUCUCUCUCUCUUAUUUCUGUCUUACUCUUAUUCUCUCUACCUCUUUUUCAUUCUUUGUUCCAUUUCCUUUACAAAUUCAUCUUCUUUUCAAUUUCUUCCUCUUCUCUCAUCAUUUUCACUUAUCUUUAUAUGACUUUUGA